AAACCUCAGUAAUCAGACGGUCUGGAGGUGUGGAAAUAGAGAAGACACCUACUUGUGGGGAACAAAAUGAAUCCCUGUUCUUCAGGGGGAUUGGACUGAGCUUUUGAGCCUAAAGUUCUGCAGGAAAGAGGGAAACAUGUGAUUUUUCUAAACAUUUUUUUAAAUCCCUGACAUUUCUUCAAAGUGAGCAUGGAGAAGCUUUGGAGCAGCUGGAGGGGCCAGACGGUGAGGUGGAGGUGGCUGAGGAGCUCCUUGCUUCUGUCUUUAUUUACUGGGGGUAGUGACGGCCAAUGCGAAGGUUGCAUCGAAUACUGCUGUGACGGAUCUCCUCCUUUCUGCUGCUCCUACUACGCCUACGUGGGGGACGUCCUCUCGGGCACCGCCAUCUCCGGCAUCGUGUUCGGUGUGGUGUUUCUGAUGGGGGCGGUGGCCGCCUUGUUCCUGUGCAUGUGCAUGUGCAUGAAGAACGGACGAGGCGCGCGGGUCGGCGUCUUCAACACCUCUUACAUCAACACUGUGACACAGAGCUACCCAGGUCCUCCACCUCCUUACACCUAUGACUACGAGAUGCACCCGCCAUCACUCCGUCCUCCACCCUACACCCCAGCACAACCUCAGCCAGGCGACUGCUCCCCGCCACCUCCUUAUCCCGGCUGCAAGUGAACCCCCCCUCAGUGUGGAUGGAGCGUCUGGGCCUGCAGACCUGCAGACGAUCAGUGCCAUCCUCCCAAAGCGCUUCAGUGCCACGGCGUUCCUGCUGCUACCAGAGUGAGCAUAUGUGACAAAAAUGUGGGUCAGGACGGCUGAAGAACAGGACAUCACGUCUGAUAGAAUUAACUGCUGGCAGCCCGGCUUGCCUGCAGCUGGUACUUUCUGCUCACUAAUACCCUAAUGUGGCUGUCUGUGCACCACUUUGAAGGUGAGACUUACUUCUGUCAGGGUGGAAGGAGGGAAAAAUAAUAUCCCAACAAGAGUUUUGAGGACAGUGCAUUUUUUCACUAAAGGAAAUUGCCUCCGAUUAAAGCCAUUUUGAACAGGUUCAAAGAUGGUGUAGUGACUUAAAAAGGCUGGAAUGAUGGUACAAAACUGCCUUAAACGAGAUGUGAUUUAAUUAUUUUUUUUUUAAUUCAAAUGUUUGACCUUACUGUGUGUAAACUGUGAAUUUCUGGGGUUUAACUGUAGAAAGAUGAGGGAAAUAUGUAAUACCUGUAGUGUAAAUGUUUUUUAAAUAUUUUUUUUCUUUUUUAUUCUCUUGUUUGGACCAAUAAAACAAAAUAUGAGAACGUU